UGCUGGCUCUCUAGCACAUCACUUCUCAAGGACCAUGCAGCAUAGUGUUUGGGAGCAAGCGUUCAACAGCUUUUCAGAUGAUACAGGAUAAGUUCCAUAAGAUGAGUCUGCCCACGCCUAGGUCAAGCCAAUCUAGCCGAGGUUGAAAGUGCAUACAUUGAGAACACCUAUUUUGAAGUGGUGACUAAGACUGAGAGGUAUCUUGAAGUGAAGAAACCUUGAGUUCUAAUCUAGGAUGUCCAAGUCACUCAAGAGGUUCUCUAUGGGAAUCAAUGGCUGCUUGUAUUCUGGAAAUGCUGAUAUCACACGGCCAGAGGAAACUUUCAUGUCUAUGUGGUGAGUUGGAGGACUGGGCAGGCGUAUCUUUGGAAGCAGGGAUUGGGUGAUUGCCUGGCGAGGUUGCACCUCUGUUUUGAGAGGAAAAAUGAAAGAGAUUGCUGUAUCUUUAACACAGAAUGUUUUGUGUUAAUAUUACAUUUAUUGUAUUUUGUUUGCAUGAAAUGGAUUUCUUUCUCAGCACCUAUUUGCCUGGUGCCAUUCAAGCUCCUACCCUCAGAAGGCUUGUCAUCUAAAAGGGGAGAUGGCACCUGAACAGGUCUGAGUGCAAGCUUCACCUCAGUAGGUUGAAUUUGUCACCUCUUUUUAGAAUGAAAGUAUACAUAGCAAUUGGGUAAUGGGCCAGAUGACUGAAAUGAGAACCUUGAUUUAGAGGUUCCUCUUUGCAUCUCUGCAGCCACUUCAGAAGGCACGUGUUUGGUUUGCUCUGAGCCUAUCCUAGAGUGCUCACAGCAGUCUUUCAGUUGAGCUUGGGGACUGCAGCUGUGGGGAGAUUUCAGUGCAUUGCCUCCCCUGGGUGCUCUUCAUCUUGGAUUUGAAAGUUGAGAGCAGCAUGUUUUGCCCACUGAAACUCGUCCUGCUGCCAGUGUUACUGGAUUAUUCCUUGGGCCUGAAUGACUUGAAUGUUUCCCCUGCUGAGCUAACAGUCCAUGUGGGUGAUUCGGCUCUGAUGGGAUGUGUUUUCCAGAGCACAGAAGACAAAUGCAUAUUCAAGAUAGACUGGAUUCUGUCACCAGGAGAGCAUGCCAAGGAUGAAUAUGUGCUAUACUAUUACUCCAAUCUCAGUGUGCCCAUUGGACGCUUCCAGAACCGCGUACACUUGAUGCGGGACGUCUUAUGCAAUGAUGGCUCUCUCCUGCUCCAAGAUGUGCAAGAGGCUGACCAGGGAACCUAUACUUGUGAAAUCCGCCACAAAGGGGAGAGCCAGGUGUUCAAGAAGGCGGUGGUACUGCGUGUGCUUCCAGAGGAGCCCAAAGAGCUCAUGGUCCGUGUGGGUGAAUUGAUUCAGAUGGGAUGUGUUUUCCAGAGCACAGAAGUGAAACACGUGACCAAGGUAGAAUGGAUAUUUUCAGGACGGCGCGCAAAGGAGGAGAUUGUGUUUCGUUACUACCACAAACUCAGGAUGUCUGCGGAGUACUCCCAGAGCUGGGGCCACUUCCAGAAUCGUGUGAACCUGGUGGGGGACAUUUUCCGCAAUGACGGUUCCAUCACGCUUCAAGGAGUGAGGGAGUCAGAUGGAGGAAACUACACCUGCAGUAUCCACCUAGGGAACCUGGUGUUCAAGAAAACCAUUGUGCUGCAUGUCAGCCCGGAAGAGCCUCGAACACUGGUGACCCCGGCAGCCCUGAGGCCUCUGGUCCUGGGUGGUAAUCAGCUGGUGAUCAUCGUGGGAAUUGUCUGCGCCACAAUCCUACUGCUCCCUGUUCUGAUGUUGAUCGUGAAGAGGACCUGUGGGAAUAAGAGUUCAGUGAAUUCUACAGUCUUGGUGAAGAACACGAAGAAGACUAAUCCAGGGAUAAAAGAAGAACCCUGGCAUUUUGAAAGAUAUGAAGGGGAGAAACACAUUUACUCCCCAAUAAUUGUACGGGAGGUGAUCGAGGAAGAAGAACCAAGUGAAAAAUCAGAGGCCACCUACAUGACCAUGCACCCAGUUUGGCCUUCUCUGAGGUCAGAUCGGAACAACUCACUGGAAAAAAAGUCAGGUGGGGGAAUGCCAAAAACACAACAAGCCUUUUGAGAAGAAUGGAGAGUCCCUUCAUCUCAGCAGCGGUGGAGACUCUCUCCUCUGUGCGUCCUGGGCCACUCUACCAGUGAUUUCAGACCCCCGCUCUCCCAGCUGUCCUCCUGUCUCGUUGUUUGGUCAAUACACUGAAGAUGGAGAGUUUGGAGCCUGGCAGAGAGACUGGACAGCUCUGGAGGAACAGGCCCUGCUGAGGGGAGGGGAGCAUGGACUUGGCCUCUGGAGUGGGACACUGGCCCUGGGAACCAGGCUGAGCUGAGUGGCCUUAAACCCCCUGUUGGAUCAGACCCUCCUGUGGGCAGUGUUCUUAGUGGAUGAGUUACUGGGAAGAAUCAGAGAUAAAAACCAACCCAAAUCAUUCCUCUGGCA